GCACGGGUAAGUUAAAUCAUAAUCAAGUUCGUCAAAAGAUGACCAGUGACAAGCAGUAUUGCUCCGAUCUCAAAGCUAAAGGCUUGCACGAGCGUACAAAGCAGCACCUAGCUGAACCAACCCAAGGUCAUAGUCAGAUAACAGACAGCAACAGAAAGAAGAAGAUGCUGAGAUUCUUAAAAGGAGUGGUGGGUGGAUCUGGUACCGGACUGAAAGAUCUCCCUUACAAUAUCGGCGAUCCUUACCCUUCUGCUUGGGGAUCCUGGACUCACCAUCGCGGAACCUCCAAGGAUGACGAUGGUGGAUCGGCGGUGUCCAUAUUUUCUCUUUCUGGAAGUAAUGCACUGGAUGGCCAUUUAGCUGCUGGUCGUAAUGGUGUCAAGCGUCUUCGUACUGUCAGACAUCCAAAUAUCUUGUCAUUUCUUCACAGUACUGAAGUUGAAAGUGUUGAAGGUUCUAGCUCAAGGGUUACUAUAUAUAUUGUAACAGAGCCUGUUAUGCCACUAUCUGAGAAGAUCAAGGAACUAGGUUUAGAAGGCGCACAAAGGGAUGAGUAUUAUGCCUGGGGGCUGAACCAGAUAGCUAAAGCUGUGAGCUUCUUGAAUAAUGAUUGUAAACUUGUACAUGGUAAUGUUUGCUUGGCCAGUGUUGUUGUUACACCAACUUUAGAUUGGAAGUUGCAUGCUUUUGAUGUUCUAUCUGAGUUUGAUGGAAGCAAUGGGAAUGCAACUGGACCAAUGCUGCAAUAUGAAUGGCUUAUUGGAUCACAAUAUAAACCAAUGGAGUUGGCUAAGUCUGAUUGGGUUGCAAUCAGAAAAUCUCCACCUUGGGCCAUUGAUUCUUGGGGCUUAGGAUGUCUUAUAUAUGAACUCUUUUCUGGUAUGAAGUUGGGCAAAACAGAAGAGCUGCGUAACACAUCUUCCAUUCCAAAGUCUUUACUUCAGGAUUAUCAGCGCCUGUUGAGUUCUAUGCCCUCUCGCAGGAUGAAUACAGCAAAGCUCUUAGAAAAUAGUGAAUACUUCCAGAAUAAGUUGGUGGACACCAUACAUUUUAUGGAAAUUCUUACUUUAAAAGACAGUGUCGAGAAGGAUACCUUCUUCCGCAAACUUCCAAAUUUAGCAGAGCAACUUCCUCGCCCAAUUGUGCUGAAAAAGUUACUUCCUUUAUUAGCUUCUGCCCUUGAAUUUGGUUCUGCUGCUGCCCCUGCUUUGACUGCAUUGUUGAAAAUGGGUUCUUGGCUUUCAUCUGAAGAAUUUAGUGUCAAGGUGUUACCGACUAUUGUGAAACUUUUUUCCUCCAAUGAUCGUGCUGUUCGUGUUAGUCUCCUGCAACAUAUUGAUCAAUAUGGAGAGUCAUUGUCAGCACAAGUUGUUGAUGAGCAAGUUUUCCCUCAUGUUGCUACCGGGUUCUCUGAUACAUCUGCUUUUCUUCGUGAAUUGACUCUUAAAUCCAUGCUGGUUUUGGCACCUAAGCUUUCUCAACGUACUAUUUCGGGCUCCUUGCUGAAAUAUCUUUCGAAGUUACAGGUUGAUGAAGAGCCUGCAAUUAGAACAAAUACCACCAUAUUACUUGGGAAUAUUGCAAGCUACUUGAAUGAAGGGACAAGGAAGAGAGUUCUAAUUAAUGCUUUUACAGUUCGAGCACUGCGUGAUACUUUUUCUCCUGCCAGAGGAGCAGGAGUAAUGGCUUUGUGUGCCACUAGUUCUUAUUAUGACAUUAACGAGAUCGCAACUCGGAUUCUUCCGAAUGUUGUUGUACUUACUAUUGAUCCUGACAGUGAUGUUCGAUCAAAAUCUUUUCAAGCAGCUGAACAGUUUUUGCAAAUAGUGAAGCAAUACCAUGAGACAAAUGUUGGAGACGCAGCUGGAGCUGCAAGCACAGGAAUCUCAUCAAUACCAGGAAAUGCUAGUUUACUUGGAUGGGCCAUGAGCUCCUUGACUAGCAAAGGUAAACCUUCAGAACAAGCUCCACUUGCUCCUGCAAAUUCUGGCGUUCCUCUAUCUUCCACAACCUCCAAUGCCAGCUCAGUGAUGGACUCUCCGAGUAUAGCACCAGCCCGGGUAAAUUCCAGCGGAGACUUGGCUGAUCAACCUGUACCGGAGUCCCCUACUUCAACAGAUGGCUGGGGAGAAAUUGAAAAUGGAAUUCAUGAAGAGCAGGGUAGUGUCAAAGAUGGGUGGGAUGAUAUUGAACCUCUUGAAGAGCCAAAGCCUUCUCCAGCUCUUGCAAGCAUUCAAGCAGCUCAGAAGCGGCCUGUCUCACAGCCAGUUUCACAGCAAAAAGCACAAGCUGCAAGUGUGCGACCAAAAAGUACUGGGAGGGCGACAAAAGAUGAAGAUGAUGAUUUAUGGGGUUCUAUAGCUGCCCCUGCUCCAAAAACCAAUAAAAAGCCUUUGAAUGUCAAAUCAGCUACAGCACUUGAUGAUGAUGAUCCCUGGGCUGCGAUUGCUGCUCCCCCACCUACUACAAGGGCCAAACCACUGGUGGCUGGUAGAGGCCGAGGUAAACCUGCUGCUCCAAAAUUGGGCGCGCAAAGGAUAAACCGGACGUCCUCAUCUGGGAUGUAAUUCAGGGACAGAGAACAAGGAUGAAAAGUCAAGUUGUGUAAAUUUUUGUUAUGGUGACUGGUUUUCACAUUAAGAUAGAAUGGAUCCUAGUCGCCAGGAGUUGUAUCUUGUACUGCCUGCCAACAUAAUUGAUUUGUAAUAUCAUUCAUUUGUACAUGAUAUUCCUCUUAUAUGUUUUGUUUCUACUUCAA